GAAAGACUUAAUUAACAACUAAGAAUAUUUUAAAAAUAGUGCAAAAUUAAAUUAUUCAAUUUAUAAAUUAUUAUUCUAUGUGAAUUAUCCAAGUGUUACAGAAUAUUUAGUGUUUUUUUUUAUAAACGGACUCAUGAACCUUGCAAGCCAUUCAAAUGCAGAUAAUGCAAAUCAUGGAGGAUAUUUUAUUAAUUUCAAUCAGGAUUGCACCUCAUUGGCUGUCGGAACUCCAGACGGUCACAAGUUAUUCUCAUUGAACUCUGUAGACCAUUUGGAAGAAAUCUAUAGGAGUCAUGGAGAAGAUAUAUGUAUUGUUGAAAGACUGUUCAGUUCCAGUCUCAUGGCAGUGGUUUCUGUUGCUGCACCUAGAAAACUCAAAGUCCGUCAUUUCAAAAAGGGAACCGAAAUUUGUAACUAUAGUUACAGUAACACCAUAUUGGCUGUAAAAUUGAAUCGAGCGAGGUUAGUGGUAUGCUUAGAAGAGAGUCUGUAUAUUCACAAUAUACGAGAUAUGAAAGUGCUGCAUACAAUAAGGGAUACACCCCCAAAUCCAAAUGGAUUAUGCAGCCUCUCUACAAGUUCCGACCAUUGUUACUUAGCUUAUCCCGGGUCAAGCACAAUCGGGGAAGUUCAAAUAUUUGAUGCAAUUAACUUACACGCAAAAACCAUGAUACCAGCACAUGAUUCACCUUUAGCUGCUUUAGCAUUCAGUCCCCAAGGAACUAAGGUUGCAACAGCGAGUGAAAAGGGAACAGUUAUUCGGGUGUUUAAUGUGCAAGAUGGAACAAGAAUUUUUGAGUUUAGGAGAGGAGUCAAACGUUGUGUUUCAAUCUCAAGUUUGGCAUUCAGUGUAUGUGGGACGUUUUUGUGUUGCAGUUCUAAUACAGAAACUGUACAUAUUUUCAAGUUGGAAAUUCCUAAAGACAUCCCUAGACAAAAUUCUGAGGAUGGUGGUUGGAUGGGUUACUUAACUAAAGCUGUUUCUGCAAGUGCCAACUACCUUCCAUCCCAAGUAACCGAUGUAUUCAGUCAAGGUAGAGCUUUUGCUUCUGUCAGAUUGCCUUUCCAAGGAGUCAAGAAUGUUUGCGCUAUUACUACGGUUCAAAAGAACUUGAGACUCCUCGUGGCUACAGCUGAUGGUUAUUUGUAUGUGUACAGUCUUAAUACAAUCGAGGGUGGAGAAUGUGUUCUUCUCAAAACGCACAAAUUAUCUGGUCUUGAUAGUGAACAAACCGACUGGAUUGAUGGCAAAUCAAGUCAAACGAUCCCAAGGGACAUUAUUUAUAAUAAAGAAAUGGCCGCCAGCCGUGGAGGAAGCUAUGCGGGCGUACUCAAAGGCAGAGAUCCUUCUCAAAUGUCAGAAUCUGAAAAGUUCAACGAAAUGGCUGCAGCUACAGAAUCACCUCCGAAGGGUGGUUUUCAAUUUGACGAUGAUCAAGAGUUUCCUCCAGUGACCCAUAAAUCAGACUGACAUUAUUAAAUUGCA